AUGGGCGAAAACGACAACGAACUUCUCCACGAGCUCGAACAAGCGCAAGCCCAAGCCACCUACGAAAUCGAACUUCUGCAAGACCUCGGACAAACCAAAGCUGAAGCCCAAACUCAAGCACAAGGCCAACCCCAAGACAAACCCCAACCCUCCUACUCAAUUGAUCUCCUUGAAGAGCUUGAACAAACCCAAGCUCAAGCACAAGCUCAAGCCUCCAAGCUCGAACGCGUCAAACACGGGACCUCUGUCGCCCUGGACCUUCUCCUGAAGCGCGAGGAAGAGGUAGCCAAACUACAGCAGAAGAUAAAAGAGCUCGAAGACGCUUUCGUGUUUGAAUGUCUCAGGGAUCCAGAGAAGGAGGAGGAGAUCAUUCGGCUCAAGGCAAGGAUCGAAGAGCUGGAGGAGAAGGAACGGGCAUUGAUAAAUGCUGAGAAAAAGGGACAGAUGGAGGAGGGCGUAGUUGUAGCGGCGAUGGAACAGAUGGGGAAGUGUGUGGAAAAGUGGGUGAAUAAGUGGUUUGGGGCUUGUAAACUUGUUAUCGAUAAAGAGAAAACGCCAGAAGACGUGCUACACUGUUUAAGGAGACUAUUGCCGCAGUUUCACGGACUUAUGUCGUCGCCUCCCCGGCUGGUACAGGCCUUCGUGACGGUCGUCUUGUCCAAGAGUAUUUUCAUGCGCAUGUAUCCUGGCGUCAAGCAGAAGUAUGAUAACGCCAUUAAAGAUAUGUUAGAAGUCUUCAAAGAAUACCAUAUCCCCCCCGAGCUGGUCUCAACCUGGCGUGUAAACACAACCAGCAUGUUCGAACUGGCACCCCUCGAGCCUGCGACUUCUACUUUCGUCAACAACAUCGCAGUUAGCAUCCUUAAUGUCCUCAACAUAAUCACCAGAACCGAGUGGACGCUCGAUCCCGAAACACUUCAAGAACAGAGGGAACGGCGGUUCCUGGAUCUACGAACCAUCGCACGGCAUGCCGUGGACUGGACGAGGAAGUUUGCUGAGCAGAAGACGGUGUACAGGCUCGUGAAUCCAAAGAUCACAACGCUGUUUAUGGGCGAAUACAUGACUGAUGUCGAUGAGGAGGAACCGGGUACAACUGUGGAAGGUUAUAAUGUGCUUGGGCUGCCUGGGCCGUCCAUUCCCAAGCCACAACAAAAUGUUGGCUCGUCUAAGCAACAGCAAACGUCUGAGUCCUCUAGCCUCAAGGAGGGAGAAAUCAAAGAAGAGCCUGGCAAUGACAAAAAGAGCAAUGAGCUGGUCACAGCAGAAAACUCAGAGUCCCAUGUUCUGGGCAAGAGGAAGAGAGAAGAGGCCCAUCCAAGGAGGUUGAAGUGUGUAUUGUGGCCUGGUUUGGCAAAGGUGGUGGUUGACGAGGUGCCGGGCGUUAACGACGAAAAGGUGGAGGUUAUUCUGAAGGCGAGGGUGUGGUGUAAUUAG